UCCAUUUUUUAAAAAAAAAUCCUGUUUGUUUAUGAUUUUAUAGAGGAAAAUUACUAGCAAAUAAUUUUAUUGGAUAAUUAUUAUAUAUUUAUGAUAACAAUUUUUAUUUCAUGCCAUAAUUUUGAAUUUCUUAUUAUUAUCAUGUAUAUUGUAAUGAUGUUAAUUAGUAGCAGCACACGAUUUGAAACGGUAACGAACCGGAAGUGUAACAGUAAUAUAAAACACCUGUUACGUAAUAAUAAAAUUAUAUAAAAAAAAAUUAAUUAAUAUUAACAUUAGCGAACCGGGUAAGAUAGAAAUCAUGGUAGGCUCGGAUAACGCGAAGCAAAACCGGUUAACAAAUCACAGCGGCGUCGGAAAGACGCUAGGCGUACGCUUAACGCACUUGAGAACGACGCAACCCACCUGCCCUGCCACUUUAUAUAUAAUAACUCUGCUUUUUUACCUUCUUCCUCCAAAAAACCAUUAUACCCAACUUUUAGGCUUUCGUAUUCCGGCGAGUUUUCUCUCUCUCUAUCCUUGUCAUCGUAUCCGUUGAUUCCUCGUCGCACUUCACUUCAGCCUAGAAGAAACAGUCUACUUCGCUAAUAAACAUUUAUAACAAGAUGUUUGGUGCAUCUAAUCCUUUUGGACAGGGAUCUAAUAGCAGCAGUCCUUUUGGGACCCAAACUCAAUCUGUGUUUGGUCAGAACAACAACGCGUCUAGUAAUAAUCCCUUUGCGCCAAAACCCUUUGGUGCUGCUUCUAGUCCUUUCGGCGCGCAGACUGGUGGUUCUAUGUUUGGAGGUACUUCAACUGGUGUGUUUGGUCAGGCUCAAGCUUCCUCCCCUUUCGGGGCUUCUAGUCCUUUUGGUGCGCAGACCGGUGGUUCUAUGUUUGGAGGCACUUCAACCGGUGUGUUUGGUCAGGCUCAAGCUUCUUCCCCUUUUGGUGCUUCUAGUCCUUUUGGUGCGCAGACCGGUGGUUCUAUGUUUGGAGGCACUUCAACCGGUGUGUUUGGUCAGGCUCAAGCUUCCUCCCCUUUCGGUGCUUCAUCACAAGGGUUUGGGAGCUCUACUCCGAGCUUUGGAGCACCUUCUGCUCCUGCCUUUGGCAAUUCGCCUUCACCUUUUGGUGGCACUUCAACUUUUGGACAGAAUGGCUUCUCAACGCCUCAGUCAAGUCCUUUCGGAAGCGCCACACAACAGUCACAGCCUGCUUUUGGAAACAGCACUUUCGGGUCAUCUACACCCUUUGGUGCCUCUACCACCCCUGCCUUUGGCUCUACGAAUACAUCUGCCUUCGGCGCCUCAAGCACACCUGCCUUCGGCUCCACCAAUACAUCUGCCUUCGGUGCCUCAAGCACACCUGCAUUUGGCGUGUCACCCACUCCUGCCUUUGGUAACUCUGGCACUGCAUUUGGCAACAAUGCUUUUGGUUCUGGAGGUGCUUCAGGUACACCUGGGUUUGGCGCUUCAAGCGCUCCUGCGUUUGGUUUUGGCUCCUCCCCAGCUUUCGGACAGACUACGCAUUCUCCCUUUGGAGCUCAAGGUUCUCAGUCUUCGAACUCAACAACCUUUGGAAAUCAACAACAGGGUGGUAGUAGAAUCAUUCCAUAUACAUCUACAAUAGAUGCAGAGUCUGGAACUGGAGCCCCUGGGAAGCUACAAUCAAUUUCUGCUAUGAGUGUCCACAAAGAAAAAUGCCAUGAGGAGCUCAGGUGGGAGGAUUUCCAGAGAGGAGAUAAAGGUGGAAAACUUCCUGCGGGGCAAACUAGUCUGUUCUCUCAGCCCACGAACCCUUUCGGCCAGACAUCUACCAAUCCUACAAAUCCAACACACGCCUUUCAAAGCACAAUAGCCCCAAACCCAAACCCUUUCGGCCAGACAUCUGGAAAUCCAACACAAGGCUUUCAAAGCACAAUAGCCCCAAACCCAAACCCUUUCGGCCAGACAGCACCAACCCCAAGUCCUUUCGGCCAGACAUCUGCAAACCCAACACACGCCUUUCAAAGCACAAUAACCCCAAACCCAAACCCUUUCGGCCAGACAUCUGCAAACCCAACAACCGGCUUUCAAAGCACAAUAACCCCAAACCCAAACCCUUUCGGCCAGACAGCACCAACCCCAAGCCCUUUCGGCCAGACAUCUGCAAACCCAACAAACCCUUUCAGCCAAAACACUCCAGCAACUAACACAAAUUUCUCGUCUCCCUUUGGCCAACCUACUACCCCAUCCUUGUUUGGAACUUCAUCAAAUACCACACCCGGUUUUGCACCAUCCUCUGGUUUUGCAGCAACCACUACGCAGCCAUUUGGUCCAUCAAGCACUCCUUCAUUUGCCUCUUCGUCAGUCUUCAAUUCUUCUGGCUCCUCUCCGUCACUGUUUAGUUCGACUCCUGCACAAGGGUCAACUCCAGCAUUUAGCAGUGGAAACUUUAACAACAGUCAGUCAGCUCAGCUGUUUAGCUCAAACCCCUCAUUUGCACAGACUGGGUUUGGACAAAAUACAAAUACCCAACCUAGCAUUUUCAGUACACCUUCCACUGGAUUCGCAAACAUGUCUACAAGCUUUCCAUCCUUAAAUACAAGCAUCGCUCCCUUAAGUCAAACAAAGCCUGCUGGUCCGACACCGCAGCAAUCAACUCAGCCAACUCAACCAUCUUUUAGUUUCAACAACUCUGGUCAGACCCAAACAGUCGCUGCAGGUGGAUUGGCAUUUUGUCCAGUCAACUUUGGGCAAGUGCCUGCUUCGCAACCAAACCCUGUAAGUAACCUCACUGCUACGCAACCAAACCCAUUUGGAACGCUUCCUGCUGUGCCUCAGAUUUCAAUUGGUCAAGGUGGAAAUUCACCUUCGAUUCAGUAUGGAAUCUCCAGCUUGCCUGUCGUUGAUAGACCUGCACCGGCCAGAGUGUCAUCACUCCUGACUUCUCGACAUCUUUUGCAAAGACGGGUCAUGCUGCCUGCAAGAAAGUACCGUGCGGGGGAUGAUAGUCCAAAGGUUCCAUUCUUCAGUGAUGAAGAGAACUCCAAUACACCUAGGGCUGAUGCGUUUCUCACUCCAAGGGAAAACCCGAGAGCUUUGUUAAUACGCUCACUUAAAAAGGAAACAGCAGCACCGCUGAAGGAUGACACGACCCCUCUGCAAGAGAAUGGUAAGAGAUCGAAUGGGGUUAUUACUAAUGGAGCCAACAACGAGAAUAAGAAUAAUGGUGAAGUUCGUGAUGCUCCUCCGGUAAAAGCCAAUGAGACACAUGAAAAUCACGGAGGCGACAAGAACGGCGCAAAGAGUUCACCAAGUAGAGCAGAGAUCGAGUCAUUGCUGCCAAAGCUGCAUCACGCUGAGUAUUUCACAGAGCCUCGGAUCCAAGAACUAGCUGGCAAGGAAAGGGCUAAUCCUGGUUAUACCGGACGAGUGAGGGACUUUGUUGUCGGGAGACACGGUUACGGCAGCAUAAAGUUUCUAGGAGAGACGGAUGUGCGUAAGCUCGACUUGGAAAAGUUGGUUCAGUUCAACAACAGGGAAGUGCUUGUGUACAUGGACGAGAGCCAGAAACCUCCUGUUGGUCAGGGACUGAACAAGCCAGCGGAAGUAACGUUGCUCAACAUAAAAUGCAUGGACAAGAAGAGCGGGAAGCAAGUGAAAGAAGGCCCGAGGGUGGAGAAGUAUAAGGAAAUGCUCAAGAGGAAAGCUGAAGAACAAGGAGCUGAGUUUGUGUCUUAUGAUGUUGUGAAUGGCGAGUGGAAGUUUAAGGUCGAACAUUUUUAGUUCUUACAAGGUUAGAGAUGAAGAUGAUGAGUAGAAAAGAUCUAACGUCGUUGUCGUUUUGGGGUCUGUCUAUUAGUCUUUUGCUUUUACCUCAACCUCUCUUUUAUCAGUUUUAUUAGGAAAAAUAUUAUAAGUUCGUUUUUGGAUUGGUGGCUGUGGUCUAGUGAUUUUUUUCUCUCCUUUUUGUUCUAAUCUGGUGGAGGUUUCAGGAUUUUGUUCUGUAAAACUUUUUAAGUGUUUUUUUAACCAAAUGAAGAAAUAUACUAUUCACCAAUGGAAACAGCAUCACCAUUUCUCAUGUUAAUUAUGUUGUUCUACCAAAUUAAUAUUUUCUUUGGUCA